CACUAGCUGCUGAGUGAGCACAGGGUAGCAACCUACUCAAUACUUUACAGCAAUUUAAUCAGCACUUAGACAUAAAGAUUGAUAUUAUCAACAGGCAUUACACAGACAUUACAAAGCAGUAAAAAUAGUAAAGGGAGACAAGGAAGUGUGGAUCAUAUUCAUAACUCAAGAUGUCAGGAGACAUUGUUGGGAUGUGGGAGGUGUCACUGAGUGAUGGGGUUUACAGUGUUGAGUUUGAACAUGGAACAACUACAGGGAAACGUGUUAUUUACAUUAAUGGCAAGGAGGUCUUGAGAAGGGACUGGAUGUUCAAACUGGUGGGCAGAGAAACAUUUCCUGUUGGGAGCACAGAUACGAAAGCAACCAUAAGCAUUGAGGCAAUCAAUGGGUUCACUUAUGAGUACACACUGGAGAUCAAUGGAAAAAGUCUUCAAACAUUUUUGGAUAAUCGAUCAAAGAUUUCCAAAACAUGGCUGCUGAAACUGGAUGGAAAUGAUUGCAGGAUAGUUCUGGAGAAAGACACUAUGGAUGUGUGGUGCAAUGGGCAGAAAAUGGAUACUAUGGGUGAAUUUACAGAUGAUGGAACUGAGACACACUUUGCAAUUGGGAACCAUGAAUGCUGCAUAAAAGCAACAAGCAGUGGAAGGAAACGAAACAGAAUAGUUCACUCCCUUCUGGUUGAUGGAACCAGGAUAGAGGAAGCCAUUGAGAAAAAUUGAGUCUAAUCGAAUUCAGCUGUGCAAGACAUUUAGCAACAUUAUACUCUAUCAGAAUUAGAUACAGAUGGAACGGACAGAAACUGCUUUCUUUAAAUAAAUCCAGUGUGCUGGCAUUUGGACAAGUAUGGACAGGGCACUUUUCUUGUUACAAGACUACACAAAUGUGUUAAUGUACAUAAAGAAAACAAACAAUUCCAUUUCAUUAAAUAAAUAAUAAUACAUUUUGGGGAAAAAAGUUAAAGGAUCAUUCUGUAACUCUCCAAAUGAGUGAUUACAUACAGCACACACAGUUUAGACUCAGCAACAGACAGAUUACAAGGUGUAAGAACAAACUACCCAGCAAGCAAUUCUGGCUAAAACAAAGCAAAAUUUGGGAUGUCAGUGAAAGUCUGUUAGACGUCUAACCAUAGUCCAAGAAUAGACGAUGCGUAUACGCUUAGAACAUGUCGAAGAAAUGAAAGCAAACACCUUGAAAGUCUGUUGACUUUGCUUACAUGAUGGAAUAUCAUACUUCUCACUAGAUUUUCCCAAAAACGGCAUGUAACCAAAUUCAAGGACUAUAUUGGCUCUAGUCAGCCGUCAUUUUACUGGCUCGGUUAUUGCUUGUCGGCUGUGAACUCACUCUCCAGCCUAGUAUGUUUUUUAUUAUCAAGUCUAUAAGCCCACACCAAUUACCACUUAACCUUAAUAUUUAACCUUUAUAGGAGGUGUGGAAUGGAUCACACCCAUGUUAUCAUAUGACUCUGAGGACUCUGAGGUCUGAGUUUCUAUUUCUUAAACAUUCUGUCUCUGGUUUCUUUGUCAUAAGGAAGUGUGAACACACUUGUCAAGCACUGAUAUUGGGUUAGAAAUGUAAACAUUAAUUUUGCUAUUUAACCAGAAAAACCACAGCUUCCUCAUUUAAAAUGAAUGUGUUAAUGGGUGAUUCUCACGAAAUCCGGACUUAGAAGGUGUCCAGCAUCAGAUUUUUUUAAAAAGCCCUUGAAGACAAUUUUUUUCACAUAUGAGAUUAAGGUCUGACUUUAAGCAUUAUUUUUUAGAGGAUUUAAAAAUAUUUCCUAUAGAAUUAUUUAAAUUUUUUAGAUUAUCAUUAUAAAAAAUUAUCUUUACCGCAACAUGAUAUUACAUUAAUUAUAUGCAUUUACAAACUCAUGUUUCGGUAAUGAGAACUAAAAAGUUGUCUAGGUACUAUGACAAACAAAAUCUGAACUAACAUUUCAACUUUUGUCUGUAGAGAAAAAAUAAGAACUGUUUACCUGGUAGCCAUCUUAAGUGUCACAGUCAAUUAUGUCCCUUCCAACAUUUUUUUUUUUAAAUGUUAGUUCCUUGAGGGCUUAAACAAUGAUUGGAAAUUGUUGCGGAGGAUGAGAAAAAUUUUCUUGGACACAUUUAUAUUCCUUAUUAUUGUCUCUUUGUUUAUCAAUGAUCACCAAAUACCACAUGUUUCUUUACGGUAAAUGUUUUAAGUAUAACAUGCACUGAAGCUUUUUAUUUUUUAGAUUUUUUAAUUAUAAAUAUUUCCAUGUCAAAGAACCCAAAUCCAGUCAUGGACACAUUGCGGUAAUGAAAAUUUUCCCCUAAAAUGUGGAAAAAACAACAAAAUUGGUUUGUAUGAUGUCAUUUGAAAUCAUGUGCAAAAUGAAGAGAUGUUUGUAACUGUAUGCUUCUUAUUUUGAUACUCUUACUUUGCAUUUACCUUUUUUAUCAAAAUGUUUCAUGACACCUCAAAAGUCUAAUUUCACAAGAAUCACCCUAAUAGGGCUGUCCUGGCCACCCUAAUUUGGCAGCAAUGUCCAUGUAGAAAUUAGUGGUCAAUGCGGCAUCAGUAUUUCUACAUAUAUACACAGUAUUAAUUUAUCCCAAUCAGUUCCCAAUGUUGUGAAUCAGUAUAAUCAUGUUUUUGGGUUCAGGCGCUGGCGAAGAUCCUCUAUUGCUGCAUAUUGGAACAUGACAAGUUUAUUGCAUUGUGAAAUAUCACCACCACUGGUAUUUUCAUCAAGAGGCAGAACCGAAAUGGCUCUGACAUUCUUUUUUUGCAAUGUUGCUUGAAGUGCAAAAAACACUUUGAUUAUGCGUUACAUAUCUAUGAAAGCAAUUCAGCCAAAUUGUUAUUUUAAAUGUUAACUAUGUUCCUUACUUAUA